AUGGCGCCUUUUGAAUGCCGCCACGCUGGCGAUUGGGGAUAUGAAAACGGUGCGCAGUACAUGUACGCUGAGUAUGAUCGUGUCUGCGGAAUGGAAAUGCCCGGAGCGCUCUGGGCAGAGCAGUAUGCUCCGUACGGAGACGGCUGCCAGGAGCUGGUGGAGAAGCUGCAAGCAGUUUUGACCGAAAACAACGAAUUGAAGACGGAGAAAGGACUGCUGGAGCAGCGGCUUUACGGCGCCAGCCAGCAGCUGGAACGGCUCAAGCGUCGGCUCGCCCACUGGCAGGAUGUGUGCCGGAAGAUGGCCAAGGAGCCCGCGGCACCGGAGGGCGUGCCACUGCGAAAACUGAGCGGCAGCAGCGAAACCAGCACGGCUGCCGGCAGUGUCAGCAGCGGCACCAUCCCGUCCAAGGAUGACCACGCCUCUCCGCAAAUGCGGCCGCAGCCGCCUCCUGUUAGUCAAAGAGUCCCAGCAGCUGAAAUGAUACCUGUCCUACCCCAGCAGCUGUCGCCGGGCCAUGCGCUGCCCGAGGCUUUGUGGGUCUUAGCCCCUUCGACGGCGGCCCAGACCAAUGGGCUCAACGAGGAGACUGUGCCGGGUAUCGCUAUACCUGGCCGUGCACCAGCCAGGGUCAGGACAGACGCUGGGCCGCACCGAAGUGCUUUCGUGCUCGUGAGAAUUUAUGUUGCUUUCGAGUCUUUGAAGCUUUGCUGGGUUGUCUUCUGUGGGUUGUACCCUGGUGUUUGA